AUGCUUCGCGCGCGCGCGCGCGCGCUCGCGUCGUCGACCGCGCGCGCGACGAUCGCGGAGGAGGGCGCGCGGGCGUGGCGCGCGGCGACGCAGACGAUAUUCGUGCGGUUCGCGUCGAAGAAACAGGGCGGGUCGUCGAGCAACGGGCGAGACUCGAAUCCAAAGUUUUUGGGGUUGAAGCGCGGCGACGGCGAAGUCGUGCGGCCGGGACACGUCUUGGCGCGGCAGCGAGGGACGAAGUGGCAUCCGGGGACGAAUUGUGGGAUCGGGAAAGAUCAUACGUUGUUCGCGCUGGUGCAAGGGAAGGUUUGUUUCAGCACGGAUAAGCACAGGGGGAGGAAGUUGAUCAACGUGGCGCCGCUGUCGAAGACGCACCCAAAGUACGUCGAGGGCGUGGCGUGA